AUGACCCGUCAGGGCGGCGUCGUUGCCGCUAUGACCCUGUUGUCCAGGAUCAGCGGUUUGUUGCGCGAUAUCGUACUGUCUUACCUGUUUGGCGCGUCCCAGAUGGCAGACAUGUUUUUUGUCGCCCUGCGAAUCCCCAACUUUUUCCGCCGUUUGUUUGCCGAAGGAGCAUUUAAUCAGGCGUUUGUGCCCGUGCUUAUCCGCUACAAAAAUACCAGCGUUGAUGAUCUGCUUGGGUUUAUUGCACCUUUGUCCGGUUUCUUUGCUUCAGCACUGCUCCUGUUUGUCUGCGCUGGCGUGCUGCUUGCGCCGCAGCUGGCGUUAUUGUUUGCUCCUGGGUUUGCUGAUGAGCCUGGUGUGCUCAAGCAGACAGGCGAGCUGGUGCGUAUUACCUUUCCUUAUCUGGGUUUCAUUUCGUUGACGGCUUACGCAGGUGCGCUGCUCAAUGCGCACAAUCGCUUUGCGCUCCCGGCAUUCACCCCGGUGCUGUUGAAUCUGACCUUGAUCGGGGCAGCUGUCAUUGCUCUGCAGGGCUGGUCCCUGUUGCCGGCUACUGAAAUCCUGGCCUGGGGUGUGCUGGUGGCGGGUAUUUUCCAAUUGUUGUUUCAACUGCCAUCCCUUGCCCGGCUGAAACUCCUGCCAAAGCCGACCUAUGCCCACAAACAUCCGGGUGUACGACAGGUGGGCAAAUUGCUGUUGCCUGCGGUCCUGGCUGCAUCGGUGGGUCAGAUCAAUGCGCUGGUUAACACUAUUUUAGCCUCGACCCUUAUCACCGGCAGUAUCUCCUGGCUGUAUUACGCGGAUCGGUUGCUUGAGUUGCCUGUUGGUUUAGUGGCGGUUGCGUUGGGCACAGUGAUGUUGCCGCACCUGUCCCGGAUGGCGGCCACUGCUGAUGAGAAACACUUUUGUGCCACCCUGGAUUGGGGUGUGAAUCUGGGUCUGAUGCUGGCGCUGCCUGCAGCUGUGGCCUUAUAUAUUCUGGCGCAGCCGUUGCUGGCAACGUUAUUUAUGAGUUUUGACAACGGCGCAAUGACUAACCACGACAUUCGUAUGGCUGGUCUGGCACUGCAGAUGUUUGCGGUGGCGCUGCCUGGUUUUGUGCUGGUCAAAGUCCUGUCACCGGCGUUUUUUGCCCAUGAAAACACCCAGUCACCGUUUCGCUACGCAAGUAUUGCUGUCGCGGUUAACCUGACGGUGAGUCUGUCGACCUUCAGUUGGUUUGGGCAUGUGGGUCUUGCCUGGGCGACAGCGAUCUCCGCCUGGUCCCAUGUGCUGCUGCUGUACAUUGGCUUGUCCCGCCGUGGUCUUUACCAGGCAACUGCGAGUCUCUGGCCGAUGUUGUACAAAACACUCAUCGGCACCUCGCUGCUGGGGGGAUUGCUGAUUUAUGUGAGUGCCCAGUUUCAAUGGCUGGCGAUGUCAGGAGCGCUGCGUAUCCUCUGGGUGGUUGGUAUCAGCGCAGUAGGGGCCGGUUUAUAUGCGGGUGUUUUAGUCCUGCUUGGCGUGCGCACAAAACAUCUCAAACACAUGAGCGUUGCUUAG